AUGGCGGCACCUCGACCUCUUCGUGCUGUGGAGCAGGUAUUUCAGGACAAGGCGGUGUUUGCUGGGCUGCAGGAAGUAGUUGCAUCGACUAGCGAGUUUUUGGACUGCUCGGUGGAGCUGACGCUCGCGGCGGCGUGCAAGAUCGGCUCGCGGAAGCUGCUGGAUCGGAUCUGGGAAAGUUGCCCACUUGAAAUUAAUGCCAGCACUCCCAGUGCGUGGUCCGUCCGCAAUUAUCUUCGCACAGAUCGCCACUACUUGCAGUUCCAGUUCCGGCAGUCUCUGCUGGAAAUUGUGAGCACUGCGUGUCAGUACCCGGAUCUGGAGAGGUGGCUGUUCGAACACUGCGCGGAUUGCGACGUGCCUGUCGAAGUGGUAGAGAAGGCUGCAGAGCUCGGCAAGCUGGACUUGUUGAAGUUUUUCCUCAUGGUCUCAACGGGACGAGAGAAACUCGACGGUGGUGGGAGACACGCCGUCCACUGGGGAGGGCAAGAUGCUGAGAAAGCUGCUAGGAACGGACACAGCAACGUCGCCUGGUGGUUGUUGACCCACCUCGUGACAUGGGGGUCUUCCGGUGGUCAAGUGGAUGUACGAGCACGGAUUCACGGAAGAUGGAGCAAUGGCGAUGACAGACGCUGCAACCUGGAGAUGGUAUCCUGGCUGCUCGGCCACAGAAUUGGGUACGAUGCGCACGACGCUUUCGACUCUGCCAUCCUUAACCAGUGCCUCGACACUGCGAAAGUGCUAGAGGCUCACUCCGAUCUAAUGGACGGUGGUCAUUGCUACAACGAUGCACUGCUGAAUGUUGCUGGAAGCGGAGAACUGGAAUCGGCAAAGUGGCUAUUCAAUCAAUUCUCCGACGACCCGGACGUUGAUUUGUUUGCACCUGUACACGUCUUCACGGGAGAGCCGAGCACGGUACUCGACGCUGCCGCCUACAACGGCAAUCUCGCUAUGCUCUGA